CUCUUCUUGGCAAGUGUUGCCUCCACCGGUAAAGGCCCGACCCAGCGCUCUUCAUUCUCAUCAUCAUUUUCUUCGCUCCCCGCCACUGCCAGGGCCGGUUCUCGCUCGCUCGGUUCUGUUCUUUCUGAUCCCUCUGGGUCCCGGCGCCUUCUCCUCCUCAGCUGCGAAUCACUACCACUCUCGGUCGCCAUGUCGUCUGAGGCGUCAGAAGAGACGCGACAACCGAGUGAAGAAGGUGUCCCCGAGCCGCGGCGCAGCUUUUCGCCGUCAGCGGCCGGAAGCGCUAACUGAUUGGCCGCGGUGGGCGCAGCUGGUCCAAUCAGCGAGCAGCGCGCGUAAACAGCGCGGCUAGGCAGUGUUGACGAGAGCGCUGAGGAGGCCGGACGGCUGAGUUGUUGCAGUAAGGUGAAGAAAACUAAAGGAUAUGUCAGAGAAUCAAGAAGUACAUCCAGUUACUAUUACAGAUGUGGAAGCUGUUAUAGAUACAGAGGAAGAACUUAUUAAAGAAUGUGAAGAAAUGUGGAAAGACAUGGAAGACUGUCAGAAUAAAUUAUCACUUAUUGGAACUGAGACACUCACUCACUCAGAUGCUCAGCUCUCAUUACUUAUUAUGCAAGUGAAAUGUUUGACUGCUGAACUUGGUCAAUGGAACAAAAGAAAACCCGAAAUAAUUCCCCUAAAUGAAGAUGUUUUGUUAACAUUAGGAAAAGAAGAGUUCCAAAAAUUGAGAUGUGAUCUUGAAAUGGUACUGUCUACCAUUCACUCAAAGAAUGAAAAGUUAAAAGAAGACUUAGAAAGGGAGCAACAGUGGUUGGAUGAACAGCAGCAAAUACUGGAAACUCUUAAAGUAUUAAACAGUGAUUUGAAAAAUCAGGUGGUAACAUUUACUGAAUCAAGAAUCUUUAAUGAACUGAAAACUAAGAUCGGUAGUAUAAAAGAAUUUAAGGAGAAGCUCUUGCUUACCUUGGGUGAUUUUUUAGACAAUCAUUUUCCUCUGCCUGAUGGAAGUACUCAAAAGAAAAGGAAAAACAUUCAAGACUUGAAUGCACAGCUAAUAACACUGAAUGAAAUAUUAGAGGUCCCACUCCGGGACAUGGGCUCUACCAUUGAGAGUUGUUUGUUUCCCAGUGAGACUUUCUUGAAGAAAACUACAUUUUCAUUUGCAAGUGCUAUCAAUUGGAGAUAGCUUCUGGAUUAGGGAUGGGCUCCCUCCUAUCUCUGGGACAAGUAAAUUUAGAAGAGUAUUCUCAGAACUUAAUGAGUUGGGUAUAAGCAAUUGAUAUAAUGAUAUAUCAAUAUUAUUAAUAUAUAAUAGUAUAUCACUGUCUUUAAAAAGCUAGAAAUAGUUGUCUGAUUUAUAAUCAGAAACUGUCAAUAUUCCUGAUUCUCCCUAGUUUCAACUAAAACUAAAACCUUUCCUGGAUGCAUUCAUUAUAUUUUAUAAGGUUUAAAAAAAGUUACUUUAGGCUAGUGAGAUGAUUUAGUGGUUAAAUGUGCUUGUUACAAAGCCCAGUUGUAUGAGUUUAAUCCCCAGGACACAUGUAGUGGAUGGAGAGCCGAUUCCUGUGCAUUGUCCUCUAAUUUGUUAUCAUUCUGUCUGUAUUUGUACAUAAAGAGAAACAAAUGUAAUAAAAAUUUUAAAG